AUGGGAAACUUAAAAAUCAGGGACUACGACAGCAUCACAUCUUUUCUUGGAUCUUGGGGACCUUUCCAGCUGAGGAUUUUUCUGGCACUGGCCAUCAGCAUCCUCCCGAAUGGCUUCAUCGGCAUCUAUAUAGUAUUUGUGGGUGAUACCCCACCUCAUGAGUGCUAUAUCCCGGAGAACUACGGCAUCAGUGAGAUGUGGAGAAAUGUGACAAUCCCACUGGAAACAGUCAAUGGCAUCGAGAAGCGCAGCUCCUGCUCGAGGCUCAACCUGGACCUAGUCAGGAACUUCUCCCAGAAUGGAAUUGUUCUGAAUGUGGAUGUAAACGUGAGUGAAGUUCCUCUGGAGAGUUGUUUGGACGGGUGGACAUACAGCCACCAAAUCUACCAGUCCACCAUCGUCACAGAGUGGGACUUGGUUUGUGACAAUGCAUACAAAAUGCCACUGACCACCUCCAUCCAUUACUUCGGUGUGCUGUUGGGGGCAUUGAUCUCAGGCCAGAUGUCUGACAGGUAUGGACGGAAGCCUGCGCUCUUUUUCAUGAUGAUCCUUCAAACUUUGGCGAUCACAGCCCAGAUAUUCUCCCCAAGCUGGGGGGUCUUCACAUUUCUGUUCUUCUUGGCGGGUGCCGGGGGAUUUUCCAACUAUAUCAUUGGAUUUGUGCUGGGAACAGAAAUUCUAAGCCCAAAAGCCCGAGUGGUCUUCUGCUCCCUUGGGGUUUUCAUGGCCUCGGCUGUGGGUUACAUGGCAAUGCCUGCGGUGGCUUACUUCAUCCGUGAAUGGCGGAUGCUGCUGAUUCCCAUGGCGGCCUGUGGCCUGAUCUACAUCCCUCUGUGGUGGUUUGUUCCAGAGUCUCCUCGCUGGCUGCUCACUCAGGGACGCAUGAAGGAGGCCGAGGCCAUUCUGAGACGUGCUGCCAAGGAAAACCACAUCGAGGCUCCACAAGACAUUUUUACACAAGCUGAGAUUGACAACGCACUGGCCAUGAAAGACAAGAGAUACACCAUUUUAGACAUCUUGAGGAACUGCAACAUGUUCUCCAUCACAUUAAUUUGCUCACUCCUGUGGGUCAUCAUCACCCUCAGUUACUACGCUUUAAUCCUCAACACGUCCAACCUGCAUGGAGACCCUUACAUAAACUGCUUCUUGUCUGGUGUGACUGAGGUGCCAGCUUACCUUAUCGCUUUAUUACUGCUGCAGCACUGCUCCAGGCACAUCUGCCAGUCGUCUUCACUCUUCCUCGGGGGCGUGAUGAUCCUCUGUGUUCAGCUCGUUCCACUUGAUUUACCAAUUGUGGCCGUGAUCCUCGAGAUGCUGGGGAAGUUUGGCAUCACGUGUGCAUUUUGUGUCGUGUACGCCAUCUCGUCAGAGCUCUUCCCCACUGUUAUUAGAAACACAGCAAUGGGGUGUUGCUCCAUGUCUGCUCGGAUUGGAACCAUCAUGUCUCCCUUUAUCAUUUACCUGGGACAAUACUUCAGGGCACUGCCGUACAUAUUGAUGGGGGUUCUCGCCAUCUCUGGUGCCGUCUUGUGUCUCCUGCUGCCUGAAACGUUUGGGAAGACAUUGCCAGAGACCAUAACACAAAUGCAGCCGAUCUGGAGGUGA